CCUCCUGCAAGAUGCGCUCCUUCUCCGUCGCUGCCUUCCUCGCCGCUGCCGGCACCGCCCUCGCCCAGUCGUCGCUCCUCAUCAACACGCCGCAGCCCCUCUUCCAGUGCCAGCCGUACCUCGUCACUUGGUCCGGCGGCUCGGCGCCCUACUACGUGCGCGUCGUGCCCGGUGGCUCGCUCGCGGGCCCCGUCCUCGCCACCCUCGACUCGCAGCCGACGACCGACACGUCGUUCACGUGGACCGUCAACAUCCCCGCCGGCACCGAGAUCACUCUCACCCUGUCGGACUCGACCGGUGCGACCGCCGCGACCGCCCCUGUCACGAUCCAGCAGGGCGACAACUCGUGCCUCGGCGUCAGCUCGUCGUCGGGUCUCGCCUCGUCGGGCGCGGCCACCAACUCGCAGUCGACGCCGUCGGCUACGUCGCUCAUCCAGUCGUCGACUGGCUCGGCCGCCUCGAGCUCGGUCUCGAGCGUCGCCUCGUCCGUCUCGUCGGCCGCCUCGUCGUCGGCUUCGUCCAUCUCGUCGUCGGUCUCGUCGCAGUCGUCGUCGAGCGCUUCGUCGGCUUCGUCUGCCUCGCAGCCGUCGUCGACCUCGCCCACCGCCACCGGCACUGCCCCGUCGCAGAGUGCCUCGGGCAACUCGGGUGCGGUCCGCACCGCGGCUGGCUCGGCGCUCGCGUUCGUCGCCGGCGCCCUCGCCCUCGCCGCCUAAUCGCGUCCUCCCUCCCUCCUCGCCUCCUCACCCACCGUCACCCUUAUAGCCUCGCCCCUCGUAAUCCCCAGGACAUUGCCUCUCGCUCUGCCUAGUGCCCCCCUCCCCCAUCUCGACGGAAAUCCUCGCCUCGCGUUCCUCGCCCAUCCUCUCAAUCACCCGUAGUGCCCCCUUUCCUUCCUCUUCCCUUCCGUACUGCAUGCGUCGCUCCUUAUCCUUCGUGC